CCUCGACCUCCAGAACAAUCUCAAUCCUAUUAAUCAAAAUGUCUGGAAGCUUCAACUGGAACUGCGCUCUCGUCACCGGUGGAGGUGGUGGUCUUGGCAAGGCAAUUGCUCAGCUUUUCCUCUCCAAGGGCAAGCAAGUCAUCAUCGCCGGCCGUACCGAGUCUAACCUCCAGGCCACUGUCAAGCAGUUGAACAACCCUAAGCUCUCCUACGUCGUCCUCGACACCUCCAAGACCGAGACCUUCGCCUCCUUCGUGUCCGAUCUCCUCAAGGAGCACCCCGAGGUCGACUGCCUCGUCAACAACGCUGGUAUCCAGAAACCCCUCUCCUUCACUUCCCUCACCGAUUCCUCCAAGAUCGAUGCCUUCACCUCCGGAGCUGAGUCGGAGAUCCAGACCAACAUUACCGGAGUCGUGAACUUGACCGCUCACUUCCUCCCCCACAUCCUCUCUAAGCCUUCGGGAGCGAUCAUCACUGUUUCCUCCGGCCUCGCAUUCGUUCCUCUCACGCUCUGCCCAGUGUAUUCUGCCACGAAGGCCUUCAUCCACUCUUACACCCUCUCCCUCCGUUACCAACUCCGUGACACCAAGGUCAAGGUCAUCGAGGUUGCGCCUCCUCUCGUGGGUACCGAUUUGCACCGCGACCACUCCGACCCUGACAACAACAAGAAGGAGAAGAACCCCAUGUCCUUGACUGUCGAGGAAUUCAUCAACCAGGUUGAGAGCCAGAUGGAGGAGGGACGUGAUGAGGUUGCCCCUGGGUUUGCGGAGCCGAGGGCGAAGGCUUGGCAGGAGACUUUUGGGGAGAUGUUCGUGAAGCAGAACUCCAUGUUCCAUUAGAUUGUCAAAUAUGGCUGUAUAAUAUGGAAGGAUAGAGCAAGAUGAGUAGGUGUGUGAAGUAAAUAUUAUUGAUGUCCAUAAGUAUGAGAGCAGUCCGCGAUAGAUAGGUAUGACAAAAAAAAAAA